ACUUUCUGUCAAAGACAGAGCAAACUGCAAGUAAACCUCAUAAAGAACAGUACAAGAUUUGGACAAGAUGUUCCUCAACGCUCCAGCAUUAGCGCCUGGUUCAAGGAGGAGAAAAGUUUGAACAAGCAGAUGAGAUCUAUCUAUUGUUUUGCAUUGAGAAUUCCCAAAAGUGAACCUGCAGAAAGACCAGGAUGGAGACAUACAUCACUCAGAUAUGUUGUUUGUAUUUCAUCUCUCUCAAUGGUAUUCUUGCCGGAGAUUGGUCGGUAAACGUUCCAAGUCAGAUCUGCACUAUGAUUGGCUCCUCAGUGGCUCUCCCUUGUUCCUAUGACUUUCCUGAAAGCAAAGAUGGACACCAGGUUGAAGUCAAGUCUGAAAUUUGGUGUUUAGGAAAUGAACGCUGUAUCACACCAAGAUAUGUUUACCACAGUGCAGGCAUCCUCCUUGAGCCUUUGUAUCAAAACAGAGUUGAGUAUCUUGGAAAACAGGGAUCAAAGAACUGUUCACUAAAGAUUUCUGAUCUGCAAGAAUCAGACAGUGGAACUUAUGUUUUCUACCUCAUCACCAACCACACAACUGAAAAGAUGCCAGUGCAGAAGGGAAUUCGACUACUGGUAUCAGGUUCUCCUCCUGCCGUCUCAGUGUUAGCCAGUCCCUCCUCUGUUAUAAUGGAGGGUCAGUCUGUCAGUCUGUCCUGUUGCAGUCCUGCACAAUCACAAUCACUGGAGGUUCUCUGGUUCAAAUCCUCCAGCUCAGAACCCAAACACACUGGAUCAGAGUGGACCAUCACGAAAACUACACUUCAAGACUCAGGAAGCUAUUACUGCCAAGUCCAGACCAAAGACCAAGUACAGAAGUCAAAAGAGCUGAUUCUUGAUGUACAAUACCCCCCACGAAACACAGCGCUUUCUGCAUCCCCAUUGGCGGAUAAUGCAGUGGGAGGUCUUGUCACUCUAACCUGCAGCAGUGAGGCUAACCCCCCUGUCCUGACAUACACCUGGUACAAAGGAGCAGCCUGUGACUCUGGAGCAGACACUAGUUUAUAUAAGUCUACCCUGUCCUUUGCCUCAGGAACAGGAGGAGGUCUCACUCUGAGCAGAAUCAACGUGAGCUCGGACUCAAGUGAAGAGCUCUGCUGUGUGUCCCGGAACCAACACGGGUCACAGAAGAGCACUGGAGUCAACAGGCCGUCAGAAAUGUCAAACUCCGGAAGUAGAAUGGUGCUUGUAGGAGUGACCAUUGCUGUGCUGCUAGCAAUUAUUGCAAUCAUUGCCUUUAUAAUGAAAAGAAGAAAGAAAUCUUCAAGGAAUCAGUCCUAUGCUCUUGCUGCGACUACUUCUGCAGAACUUUAAAUUCCCAAAGAUGCCUCAGAGACUACAUACCAAAAUAUUUUGGGCCAAAGCUAGUUUUCAAGUUGUGUUGGUCACACAGUGGCAUAGAAAAAGCAAGACUAAUCUGCAGUUUAAAGUAUGCUGUUGAGACCGGAAACCACUGAUACGACUGGGUCAUAUUUGUAUAGAUUUAAAUUAGCUCAAACAUGAUAAAGACUGAGAAAAACUGAAGAAGGAGGGAGACCACGAGGACAGUGACUCGGACAAAAGGACAGUGCACUGAUACAAGACUGUUCCAUCCCACUGCUCCUUCAAGGAUUAUUUUUAGAUCAAAACUUAAAAAGAACAAAUUUAAGUAAAGUAGUAACUAUUAUCACUCCACUUUUUUGUGUGUCAUCAAUUGUCCAUUUUAAUUCAUUUGAGUCAUUUUUUUAAAUUACCAAUAAGCUGCAAUUGUAGCCUACUGUAGGUCCUUUGAUGCAGUACAGGAGCUUGUACACAAGGGGACGCCAAAGACAUGUAAAACUUAACAUUAGUCAACUUUUUGUUCAUGUUAAGUUACUGUAGACCCAUUCAUCCAGAUUCAUACUUUUAUGGCACAAGCAUCAAGUUUUUAUUUUAUUCUGAUGAUAUUUAACUCGCUAAUAAGUAAAGUCCUGUAGCUUUUGUGGUUCCAUAUUUAUAAGUAAAAUGUCUUGAAAUAUUGUUUGUGUCCUUUGAUGAGUGGAGAAACAUAUUCACCCUUUGAUUUGUCCAUUUGUUGUUGUUUUUUUGUUUGUUUUUUUGUCCAGUUGACAGAAUUCAGUUUUCUUUUGCUAUCAUUAAAAUAUUUCUACAG